AUGGGCUGCUGCGGUGGUGAUCGGGAGAAAUAUGGCAAACUCAACGCCGAACAAAAAUGGGAAUACAUUAAUCUCGACGACUUUAAGUCAACCUCGUGCUGGGCCCCCUUCGCCUAUGGCUACCUCCUGGUCAUGCUGAUUGUCUCCAUUUCGGUCUACGCCGUCGACACCUUCACAGCCAUCCAACUCCUCGCUUUUGACCGUUGGGCCGGUCAGAUCAAGCCGGAAAUUCCCUUGCACAUCUCCCGAUGGAUCUUUGCCGGAUGCAUCAUUCUUUCGUUCGUCCUGCUCGCCUACCGAUGGAUACGUGCGGUUAGAGUCAUGCGUCAGGGGGGAGUUGCCAAAAGUUACCUCGACCCUCUUGCCGUGCGCGUACAGUCAAUACGAUGGGGACAAGCACGGGGUUGGAAACGGUUCUUGGUCUUCGCCGAGUUAACCAAAAGUCGAAAGGGUGCCGAUUACGUGGCGCUUUUCACCUACUUCUCCUUCGAAGCCUGGCUCCGCAUUGUCUUCGCUGAAGGCCCCCGACAAGUCCUCAACGCAAUCACCUUGUAUUCAGUCAUGAAGCUGAAGCUGAUCCCGCAAGGCGAAAAUGCGCCAGAAGAUGGCCAUUCGCCAGUGGUGCAAUUCUUCGUCAAUAUUGGAGUACUUGCGGACUCGAACCAUCUCCAAGCAGUCGUACUUUUCUGCAUGCUUUGGACGCUCUUCAUCUGGGUCAUCUCGGUUCUCAGCCUGAUGGUCUCGGUUGUUCUGUACCUCCUUUUCCUCUGGCACCAUAUCCCCACAGGAGAUGGAGGCCUGACAGGGUACUGCCGCAACAAAAUCAAUCGAAGGAUGGAAAGAAUCGUCAAGGCCAAGGGCGACAAAGCUUUGAGGAGAGAGAACGCACUUCGUGCUCGCCAGGAGGCAAAGGCUGCCCGUGAAGGACUGGACAUCAAGAAACAGCCCACAUUACCCGACAUCACCACGUCCGAGGUCGACUCUCUGUCUGGCUUAUCUCGACAAACGACGAUGACCACUCUGCCCGAGUACUCCUCUCGGCCAGGCACCGGCAAUAACAGUAGCGAAUCCAUUCCGACAUUGCCUGACAUCACAACACGUCCACUCAUGCCCGCACGAACCGUCACGCAUGGCUCUGCGACAUCGUGGUCCAGCUACAGCUCCAAUGCCCCAUUGAUGGGAUCUGCAGGUGACAUGGGACAAACUUCUGAUUGGUCACAGACGCCAGGUGCAGACAUGAAUGGCCCAUGGUUUAGUAAACCACUGCCUAAUAGAAGCAUGACCGGUCUUACCCAAUCCUCUCAACGAUCUUUCGGCGCCGCCUUCCCGCGACCGAGCACAGCACAAAACGAUCGAAACGGUCCAGGGGCUUAUCAACUGGAUUCACUUCCGCGUCCUGGGACAAGCAUGUCCAAUGGUCCACGCCCGAGAUAUCCGUUGGAUCACAGCAACGCUCUACCUUAUCCAGAAAAUCAGAUGUCCACCUCGUCAGUACAGCCACCUUCAUUAGCGGGUCUGAGCGGCGUUACUGUGGGUGAUAACAUGGGUCGUCGCACGCCGGCAGCUGCAACCGGGGCGUCUUUCCCCCGUAUACCUGCAGAAAGAGGUCGAAACACUCCAUUACCGGGUGCACAGUUUCGAGCGCAAACUCCAACUCAAGGCUUCCAAGAGAGAUCAUAUACUCCCAAUGGUGUCGCUCCAGUUAGAACGAUGACCCCCGCAGGAAUGCCGACCUUACCCCGACUGCAGAGCCCAGCACCUGGAGGAUACGCCCCUUAUUCGGCCGAACCGCGUUCUAUGACACCAGCAGCGUCAAUUGCACCAAGUGCUCCUGUGCGCAAUGUUAAUGAGCCUUUCAGAGCAUAUAGUCCUUUCGGAGGACGAGGAACUCCUGGUGCUCCACCAUCCUAUCCACGAGACAGGCAGCCACCACAAAGACAGGAUAGCGGCGUGGACGACAUUCUGGACCAUUAUUGA